AUGCAGUUGACUACACAGAUGUUACAUGGUACAGUGGAUAAGUCACUAGGACAUGUAGCCGACUACACAGAUGCUACAUGGGGUGAUCCAGACAAGUGUGAUUACUUUGGUAAUACUGCUCUCCACUGCGCUACUGCUAACGGCCACAUGAAUUGUGUGUCCUUUCUUGUGAACUUUGGGGUCAACUUGUGGGCGAUGGACAAUGACUUCCACACAGCAAAGGACGUGGCAGCUGUUAACCAAAGGAAUGAAAUUCUUAAGUUCCUGGAUCAAGUACUUAGUCGGCAGAGCACAGAAAAUCCUAAAACCACCCAGAAAAUGCAGGAAAAGUCGGUACGAGAUGCCGAGAAACGGGUGAAGCACUUCCAGAAGAUCCAGAAGAAGGCAACCAAACAAGCAGAGAAGUCCGAAAAACAGCUGGAACGGCAGAGACAGAGAAUGUCUGGGGCCGAGAUUCAGGUGCAUAGCACUGGACCCCGCUCUUCCGUAGCUGGAAUUGGUCAGUCCCUCCGGAAAGACUCCAGGCUCUUAUACAUCAGUUCUCCCAAAUAUUCGGAAAUCGUGAACAGCAACCAGAACAACUCUAGCAUAAGCCUGAAGAAAGGUCUAGGUGCGGUGUCCAGAAAGGUCCAGCAGAAGAAACAGGUGACUGGUGGCGACUUCAAGGUCAGAGAACUGGAAACUGGUGGCAAGCAGUCAGUACGAUCACUGUCUGGAUUUCAAAGAGAUUCUGAGGUGAUGUAUGUUCCAAAAUAUGAUUCCCAAAGCAUGUCGUCUGGCAGUCAACGGAAACACAUGAAAGAUGUGUUCAAUAAGAAUGGUGAUCACUUGUCACGUGCUAUCAGUGAACCUGACCUGCUAUACACGGGGGAUUCUGGAAUAGACGAAGAGGUGGCAUUGGCCGAACCCCCAAGUAUUUUCGAAAGACCGGGAUUUGGAAGUGUUGCUUUUAGAAAUUCCAUUUCAGGAGCGUUGCUGACGCUUCCUAAAUACAAAAAUGGAUUUGGAGAAGGGGAAGAUUGCGACAGUGACAACGGCUCCCACAUGCGUCAUGGUAGCGGAAGUGACAGCAUCGGGAGUGCGGGAAGUUUGGCGCACAGAAACCGGAAGACUCCCUGGGAUGAAGAUGAACUGAACUUGGAUGAUGAUGAAACAGAUACCGCACCUAUCAUCCUAUUCCUGGCAGCUAGUGGGCUAAACAACUACAUCCCUCUCUUUACUAAGGAGAAGAUCGACCUGGAGUCUUUAAUGCUCCUUACAGACGAGGACCUGAAGAACCUAGGCCUUCCUCUCGGGCCUAGGCGAAAGUUAGCUAACUCCAUUGAACAGAGAAAAUCAGCUCUUAAAGAACCUGGAGAAGUUGCUGAUUCAAAAUUAUGAGAUAAACAGAGAAGUUUUUUUUUUUGCAUUGUGUGGACUUUUGCUGGCCAGCAUAGCUGGUGUAUCUCAUGUACUGGUCAAUUAUAAAUGGUAGCUUAGGUAGGAGGUCUAAUCGGCGGACGUUCCAUGCUUGUACAGAUGGGUAUUUUGAUGCAAUUCUUAAAUAAUUUGUACAAAUAUGUGUACAGAAAUGUACUUCAAUAUUUUGCACUAAUUACAAUAAUUAAAUUCUCUUCACUUAUAAUAAAAUGGUUUAACAAAUAUUUAAUAAAUUCAAAACAAUGAACUCAUUAAAUCUAUCCGGAUAUUUUUGACACAAAUGUAUUUUGGGAUAAUCACUGAUUUUACUUGUUGUUCAAUUUAAGAAAAUAUAAUGUUGGUCGUUAUUUCAUAUCUGAACCAUUGUAGAAAAUAAACGUGCUGAAUUUUGAAACGAAAUAAACUAUGUAUCCACGUUAUUCGUGAUUUUUAAAGCAA